UCCUCAGUCCUCACUCGUCCGAUAGCAACAUAGAAGAUGAGGUCGCUGCCGCUGCCGCUGCCGCUGCUCGGAGCGGUCCUCAUCGUGGCCGCCACGCUGCCGGAGGGGGCGGCGGCCAAGUGGACGGCGGUGAACCCGAACGUGGUGGUGGUCCAGCAGGUGGGGCGGUUCGCGGUGAUCGUGUACGACCUGGCGCACAGCGCGGGCCUGACGUACGUGGGGGUGGCGCGCGGCGAGACGGAGGAGGCGGUGGGCGGCGGCACCAUCUACCGCCUGGUGGUGGCGGCGGCGAAGGCCGACGGGAGCAGGGCGCAGUACGAGUGCCUGGUGUGGGGCGUGCCGGGGUCCAGCCUCAGCACCUGGAAGCUCCGCAGGUUCAGGAAGAUCGCAAUAGCAUAGCCGACAGGGCAAGUAUCAACCGUACUGGUACUUUGUUGGUUCACAAGUAUGCUUUGCAAGUUUGUUUCUGUCGUCCUUUCUUUCGAGUGCCAGUGUAUUUUUUUUUAGAGGGAGUGCCAGCGUAAGUGGCCGUGCAAUAAGGUUUCUCCCCAGCAUAAUGUGAUUGCCAUA